UGGGAUGUGUAUACGAACAACAUCAAGGAACAUGAGGAGCUCGCGUUUAAACUUUUCUUGUUUAUUUUUUUGAGGUUCUUUUCAGUGUUCUAACAAGAAGUCGGUGGAGGCAUAGAGCGAGGACCUUUGCUCUAUGGUGGAGGCUAUAAUCUUUCACCUGUAUUUGUCUGACUUGUUGAUUAUCGAUAUACAAUCGAGGAAAUCAUGAGUGAAAUAUUCCGUGGACGAAUAAAAGAGAUUGUUCGGGGGUCAGAUUUGGCGAAGCUGUCCUCCAAGAAAAUCAGAGAGCAGCUUGAGGAAGAAUUUAAGACAGACCUCUCAAACAGGAAGAAGGAAAUUGAUGAUAUCGUCAUGGCGCUAAUCGUCUCAGAAAGUCAGAGCGAGCAAUCACAGAAUGCAACAGCUGACGAUAGUGGAGCAGGGAACAUUUCCAAGAGUAGUAAACAUAAAAAGAAGAAGAAAUCAAAGCACAAGGAUAAAUCUUCCAAUUCACACAAGAGGAAACACAAAGAUGCAGACUCACCCAAAGCAAAGAUAUCCAAGAAUUCAACGCAGGAGUCUGAAGAAGAAGAGUCCGGGACGGCUAAUGAUGAGGAAUUUGCUCGGAUGCUGCAAGAAGAGGAGGAUGAUGAGAACGAAGACGUUGGGAGGAGGGGACUAAGAACAAGAAGAAAACCAACAAAAACAUCCAAGACAAAAGAACCUAGGAAGACACCCACCAAGAGUAUGUUCCAGAAAGAGAUGGUUCUAUCACCAGAGUUAGCAGACAUCAUGGGAACAGACAGAAUGCCUAGAUCAGAGGUAGUCAAAAAGAUGUGGGAGAUUGUCAAAGAACGAGAUCUUAGAGAUCCUAGCAACAAACAGUAUCACAUUUGUGAUGACCAACUCAUGAAAGUAUUUGGGAUAAGAAGAGUACGCACAUUCAGUAUGAUGAAGUACCUGAAAACACACGUCAAAGAUCCUGCUCUACUCACCGAUUCAUAAGGAAAACACAACCUACGUUUAUAAUCCGGACGCUUGCCCAUGAAUCAAUGAAUGAAGAGAAUGACAGGAGGUCAUCAGAAAGCCUCUUCUUCCUGCCAUUGGGCUCUGUCAUGGUCAGUCCACACAGACUGGACAGUGACAGUGGUCCGAAUGCAAUUAUAAAGCAGUCAGUAUAUACGCAACCUCAGAUGACCUGACCGCAUGCAUAAUACUCAGUAGGGGAGUGCUCAUUAUGCAUUUAUCAUAAAUAAAAAACGUAUACAGUUACCGCAGGUGUCCUCCAUCAUAUGAAUGACCAUUACUUUUCCUUGAACUUUUUUUCUUUUCGCCUCUUUAUGAGAAACAAGGACAUGAUGCUGCUUUAGAGUUUAAUUAUGCACGUAAUAUUACUAUUAGAACAGUAGUGGUCAGUUCGACAUGGCUUUAGUACAGGAAAAGUAAUUUGUUUUACUUUGAAUGACGGUGUCCUUAUUUAUUUAGUUUGUUAAGGAUGUCUUAAAGCAAUAAACAUUCUGUUAUAGAGAACAGUGAAUAUCAUUUGUUUUCUUGUUUCCCCUUUUGUUAUGGUCAUAUAAGACAGUAUAAUGACAUAUUGUAUUCAUGACUGAAUUUAAGUUGCGUUCAAAAAUAAAGGAAAGAAGAAUGCGUUUAAUUAAACACUGCUUUGAAUGUCGUUGUUUAAAUAUAUACUUUUUUGUUCUAAACCCUUGGCUUUAUCUCAACUCUAAGUUGAAUGGUUUAGUUGGCUCCAACUAAAGGUUUAGUUGGCUCAAACUAUCAAAUUGCAAGUUAGUUAGGGGUUAAUGUGAUUGUGUAUUGCCAAUUUUUAGAUGUGUACGCUAUAAUGUUGCUUUUAAUCCCAAAGAAAAUGGAAUAACUCCUUUGAACAGAUGCUUUUCUUACUUUUUUUUACCAUUCCUUUUGUUUAAAGAUUUUUUUUUUUUUAUCUGGUGUAUAAAUUGCAACAAGGAGUGUAAAAAAUGUAAAAAAUCUGCUGGGUUGCGACUGUUUAUAUAAUUGGUACUGGGGCAUUGAUAAAAUAAAUAAAGCCAGCUGCUAAGUGCAUAGGACAGCUAAUUUAUGGACUCUGGAGGUUUCAAGCUAAAAAUGUGUGAUCAGUUGUUGUAGUCCAAUGCCCAAGUAUUUGAAGGUUGUGUUAAUUCCAGCCAACAAAUCUUGGAAUCUGAACAUGGAAUGGUACUUUGAUGUAGCAAAUCAUUUUGUUAAGCCAAUGCAAUUUGUGGUCAAGAACUUAUCAGUUCGUUUGUGCUUCAAGUCGCAAUCUCUGCUUAUUUUUGUAAAUAAUUGUUAAGCUUUUCCUUUUGCACCAGCAGCUUUGCUAAAUUUAGCAAGUCCCAACCCUAGAAGUUUGUACCUUUAUCAGUCAGAAUUAAGGCACAUUCAAAUUUUCAUGCCUUACAGAGCGAUUUUUUUUCUCAUAAAAAAGUUAUAUUGUUUUCAAAUAAACCUACAAUGUUUAAAAAACCUGAUACUUAGUCUUGAACCUUUCUGUUUGUCUGAUAGAAACCAUGUUAAUAUGUUAAAAGCACGUCAACAUUUGCAAAAAUUAAAAUCUGAUUUAAUAACAUUCAAAAACCAACUAGGCAUAAUAAUACAGUAGCUUGAAUUUAAAACAGAAAAUGUUGAGGAAUAUCUGCUCGCAUCUUUAAACCAUUACACACGCCAACAAAAAUGAGAAAAUCAAGAACAUUUCCAUGGACUGCCUCCCUAUACUUCCGUCACUCAAAUCUCUUCCAGGGGAAACUUAUAAGAGAUUUUUUAUACAAUAAAAUCACCAGAUCUUUAGAUGAGGGGUUGCCUUGUCGUUAGGUCACCCCCCCCCCCCAAAUAACUAUGGGGCAAUAGAUUUGGCUUUCAAAGAAAAAGGGAAUAAAUCGGAACAAGUGUAUGCAGUUUAGAAAUCGUAUAUUUUAACUGUGUCUAUUCUUAAAUCUUAAGACUUAGUAAAGACAAGAAUUGCAGCAUUUUGUCGUUUUAUACAGGUGCCAGUCAUUAACCUUACACACUUGCCAAUUUUCUUUACUCUCCUUAUAUCAGUUUGAUACAACAGAGCAAACACAAAGACAUGACCAA